AUGAUACUGACAGACGACUGGCAACAGCACCGCCAGAUUCACCAGAUGGCAAACAUUCGCCCCCUCGCCACUGACGACACGGACUCGAUUAUCCGCUCGUACCACUUGGAGCUGCAACAGCAGCAAAGGGCAUGGCGGGAAAUUCAUGCGACGGAUGCAUGUCAAAAGCGUUUUUUUGGAAUGACUAGCUGGGUUGAUAAACGAUGGUAUGCAGGGUUAACGUUUCUCAACAUUCGGGAAGCGUUCUUUGGCUACGCACACAUUGGUGUGACAGGCUUUGGAUAG